AUGAUGUUGGCUGCCGAAGUCCACCUCUGCACAAAGAACUGCGACUUCCUGAUGGAACAUUACGUUUUCAAGCGCCACAAUGAUGGAAUUUAUAUUAUUAAUCUUGGAAAGACAUGGGAAAAACUUCAAUUGGCUGCCCGGUCUGUAAGGCCUUAUGGUCAAAGAGCAGUCCUCAAGUUUUCCCAAUACACUGGUGCCCAUGCUAUUGCUGGAAGGCACACUCCUGUUACAUUCACUAACCAGCUCCAAACAUCUUUGAGCGAGCCUCGUCUCUUGAUCCUCACUGAUCUAAGAACUGAUCACCAGCCUAUCAAGGAAUCUUCUCUUGGAAACGUUCCAACCAUUACCUUCUGUGACACUGAUUCUCCUAUGCGGUAUGUGGAUAUUGGCAUUCCUGCUAAUAACAAAGGGAAGCACAGUAUUGGAUGCCUAUUUUGGCUCUUGGCAAGAGUGGUUCUGCAGAUGCGUGGCACUAUUCCUCAAGGGCACAAGUGGAAUGUUAUGGUGGACUUAUUCUUCUACAGAGAACCUGAGGAGACCAAGGAACAGGAAGAGGAGGAAGCGGUAGCAAUUGCUGGUUAUGCACUCCCUGCUGCUGAUUUUGGACUUGCUUCUGCUGAUUGGGGUGCCCAAAUUAUUGAUGGCCAGUGGAAUGUUGAAGCAGUUCCACCACCUAUUUCAACUGUUCCCGCUGCCGUAUAUCCAGAUCAAGUGGUGGUGAUUUUGGCCCCUGACAUAAUAUCUUUAUGUGUUCCUACUUCAAGUGAAUGGGAUGCUGCGCCAGCUCCAGCUCCAGCUCCACUCCAAUUUGUUGCUGCAGUAGCACCUGCACCUUCUGCUACUCGCUGGGAUGAGUGA